UGUACAUUAAAUAUUAUGAAUAUUUUAAAAUGGAGAAAAUUUCGCUUUUGCGAUAUUCGAGAUAAUAUGAUAUUAAUCAAUGAUGAUAUGAUUACGGUGAAAUAACAAUUUCAAGAAUCAUUUGGUACCAACGUAAAAUUCGAAUUCGAUUCGUACAAUUUAUCGUAACGCAGGAAAACGAGAGAGAGAGAGAAAGAGAGAGAGAGAGAGAGAGAGAGAGAGAGAGAAGAAGCUUGGAAACACAAGGGCAAACGCAAAUUAUAAAUAUAGCGUUGAGAACGGCUCGCACAGGAAACACGGAGAUAAAUGAGCAUAGACUGGAAAAAGAGCGGAUUCGACAGAGCGAAUAUAUUGGAUACCGGGGCACAUGGGGCAGAGGGACGAAUGAACAGCAUCCGGUUUUCUGAAUCACCGAGAUAUUCUUGAGGAAUACGUAAGGGACGAGUUUAAAUCUUCUUCGUUUAGAUCGUGAAAAUUCUGUUGUCUUUGUAUCUAUAUCGAACUAUGUAUAUACGUACAUCGACCUUUUCUAUGAUAUUAAAUGUACGAGUUUAAUUUUCAACUAUUUUCAUGUGCGAAGGAAGAGUAAGGGAAAAGAAAGAUAAAAAAGGAUAACGAAAAGGGGAAAUAGGAGGAGAAGAGAAAAAAAAGAAAAGAAAAGAAAAGAAAAGAAAAAAAGAGAAGAAAGGUAAAAGACAGGAGAAAAGGAAAGCUGGAGAACUGUAAACUUUCGAAUCUAAGAUUUUUCGAGAAUUUUUUUUAAGGAUAUACAUUUAAAAAGUUUUCAAAAAUUGUUAUCACUAUGAGGCAAUGCGUGGAUGCUAUAUUGUUGCACGGAGGUACAGGGAUACCAUUGAGUCAUCAUUAUGUGAAUGAUGCAGAACAAUAUGACUCUUCGAUCAAUGAUGAUAAUACAAAACCUUUGGAAAAAUUCUACUUAAUCACAGAACAAAGGUGGCACACAGAUACUGUGCUACCAAUCUCUUUAUUGCCGUCUACCGAGGGAAUGUCUGCUCGAUCUCAUCACAGGAUCCGGCAGUCCACGACGGGACUGGAUGAUGCUGGUAUGGAUUUACAAGCAGCUCAACUCAGUACCCGUACAGGUCAGGAGGUUCGUUCUACUGCUACUCUAUCAUGGCUAGAUUGGCAGUUGCCUCUUUUUGUAGCACUUUGCGCCAUUGCUGGUGCUAUUUUAUUUACAUUUCUGAUCUUGUUAUGGCUACGGAAACAAAUGUCGCGUGAAAAAGAUACAGAAGAUGGUGACAGGAGAGGUCUAGUAGAAGAAGGGGUGGUGAGCCGUACAGAUAAAACUGGUAAGAGUACUCAGAGUUCUGUUGAAGCGCAAUGGGUUCCUCAAUCAGUAACAAAACCAUCAGUAUCUACGCAGAAAGCAAAAGCUUCUAUGGUCACUUCUGGUUUACCAGAAAUAAUGGCUGUGGCUACACCAGAACGAAAAAUAGAGCCAAUUCGCAUAAAAACAAAAGGAUUAUUAGAACGGCGUGGUUCGAGUGCAAGUUUAACAAUAGAACUAGCAGCAGCGCCUGAAAGUCCACCCCAUAUGGUCACACCAACUCGCGAAUGUACAGCGGAAGAAUUUUUACUGAGUGCUGGAAAUGUCUUAUCUAGAACUCAAUUGAAAAAAGCAAUAAGUGAUCCCGCAUCUCUACAUAAAGAAUUUUGGGAAGUGCCAUUGAAUCUUCCUGAAAAAGUUGAUAUAUGCGGAGCUGGAAUAAAAAAUAGAUAUUGUACUGUAUUACCGAAUCCACAAUCUAGAGUGGUAUUACCAGUUUUACCUGGUUCUUCUGAUGAUCCGCUUUCUAGUUAUAUAAAUGCCAAUUAUAUCAGGGGAUAUGAUGGAGAAGAUGCACGCUAUAUUGCAACACAAGGACCAUUAGCUAAUACAGUAGGAGAUUUCUGGAAAAUGGUUUGGGCAGAAAAAGUUCCUGUGAUUGUUAUGAUGACAAGAUUACACGAAGCUGCUAAAACAAAAUGUGACAUCUAUUUUCCUUUAGAUAAAAAUAAUCGUUUACAAGCUGGUCCUUUCACGAUUAUAGUUAACUCUAUUAAUAAUAAAGAUGGUUAUACUGUCAGAGAUUUGGAAAUUAGAUAUGAAAAAGAAAGACGCCACGUACAGCAUUACUGGUAUGAUUCAUGGCCAGAUCAUGCUGUACCUCAAGCAGCAGAUGCUCUUGUUAAUCUAGCCGCAGAAGUAAACGCUUUAUCUGGGCCUGUAGUGGUACACUGUAGUGCAGGUAUUGGACGCACUGGAUGUUUUAUAGCAUUAGCAAUAGGAAUGACUCAACUCUUAAAAGAUGGUAAUGUUGAUGUACUAGGUAUUCUAUGUCAAAUGAGGUAUGACAGAGGAGGUAUGAUUCAAACUGCAGAACAGUAUGAAUUUGUUCAUCGAGCACUUUGUUUAUUUGAACAAACACUCGACGGCAAAGUAUCUGUAUCAAGGGAAUAAAAUUGCUUUGAUUGAUUAUUAAAGAAGCAAGUACCGUAGCCUACAACAAUCCUAUUUCGUCCAGAUAUGCACUUCUGCCACAAAACAACAACAACAACAAAAAAUACUUUCAAACGAAUCUCAGUGUCAGUCUUGAGGUAAGGAAGGAGGUCUGAACUAUUUCAACACUUGGAUGAAUUUUGCCUCAUCUAAUAUGCUGCCAUUCUAUACUGCCAUGACAAAUCGUUAACAAUUGAUAUGAGUCACGUAAAAAUUUCUCAAAUAUUUAUCACUUGAUCAUCUAUCUUACUAAAAAAAGAAAAGCAUUUUUUAUGCCAAAUUAAAAAUCAAAGUAAAAGUCAUCUUGAUGAACAAGUACUGAUUAUGUGGAACAUAUUUGUACAAAAAAAAAUGCGGUUGAAUAACUUAACAUCAUGACCUUUUACUGUAACAAUUUAAAUAUUACAAUCUCAUAGAAAUGCCCACUAAUUUGCCAGAGAUAACAUAUUUAUUUUCUUUUUGAUUUUUAUGGGGUUGUUGCAUUUUUUAAUUCACAUAUUAAUUAUAUACAUUCCGUAUGUGGCACAAAAUAUAUAAGUUUUUGUAGGUUUGACGAAAAAAGAAAAAAAGAAAAAAAGAAAAACCAACAAAAAAAGAAAACAAGUGUGAAGUGAAAAUUAUCAUUACUUCACCUUAUACUCUCAAAUAUGAAGUAGUCCUUCUUUAGCUCUUCAAUGCUAUAAAACAUAAAAUAACUGAACUGCCCUGACAUGCAGAUUUCAGGGAUUAAUUAUAACUGUUUUAUUGGACUAUGAAUGAUUGAAAUUUGAAUGAUAGAAAAUGAAUGACGAAGAAUUUGGGACCCAUGUCAUAUAAACGCUCUUAUCCUAUUUGUAGUUCCUAGUUGAUUUUGAAGUUUGAUGUUUAACAUGGACUAUGAUUUUCAUGAUCUUUAUUUAACUUACAAGCAAAGACUGAAUGUAAAGAGUACAAUAUGACUAUUAGUUCAAUAUGUAGUAAAAAUUUUGAAAACUUCAGAAAUCAAAUUUUAAACUAAUACAGUUCAGUAGUUUAAAAUAAUAUUAUUUAACUAUUCUAGAUUAUAAACAGUACUUUUUAUUUCGAUAAUAUUUAAAAUCUCUUCAUUACGAAGAAAAAAAAGAAAAAAGAAAAAAAGAAAAGAAAAAGCAAAAUAAAACUCUUACUAUUAUAUCUACCAAUGUAUAUAUAGAUUUAGUUAUUUAUUCCGUUUGUUGCUUCACAUGCCAAUCAAUAUUUAAUAAUAAUAAUAAUAAUAAUAAUAAUGGGUGAAUGUGUGUAACUUUAUAUGGCAAUUAAUGUGAAAAUAUCGGACAUAUGAAUGUCUUUGUGUACAAUUAACUCUUGUUUGUAACAAGGAUUAAUAUUUAGCUGACAAUAAAUGUGAUUUACGUUACCCCA